AUGAACCACGAUAAUCUGUACGGGUAUAUCCCGUCCCUCGCGGCGGGUAUCAUCUUCAUCAUUCUCUUCUCUGGCACGACCUUCUUCCAUGCAUUCCAAUUGACCAAGGCCCGAUGCUGGUACUUUAUUCCCUUUGUCGUGGGAGGAGUCUUCCAGAUCAUCGGCUACAUCUGCCGCGUUAUUGCCCGCCAUAGCCUCAGCUCCGUGCCUAUCUACGCUAUGCAAUCGGUGCUAAUCCUCCUCGCACCCCCGCUAUACGCCGCAUCGAUCUACAUGGUCCUCGGCCGAACAGUCACAUACCUCAACGCCGAGGACCUAAGCCUCGUGCGUAUCCGCUGGAUGACCAAGAUCUUCGUCUCGGGCGAUGUCUUCUCGUUUUUCCUUCAAUCCGCCGGUGGUGGACUCAUGGCAUCUAGCAAUACUAGCACUCGCCAGACAGGCUCCAACGUCGUUAUUGGCGGUUUGGUGGUGCAGCUUCUUUUCUUCGGGUUCUUUGUCGUCGUCGCUGCGAUUUUUCACAGUCGUAUUGAGAAGAAUCCGACGUCCAAGUCUCAGGGUGAGCGUCUCUCAACGAGGGGUCAGGGCUGGCGUCAGCGUAACUGGGUCACUAUUUUGCUGGCCUUAUACGUGGUUAGUGCGCUGAUUUUGAUUCGAUCGAUUUUCCGUCUGAUCGAGUAUAAGGGUGGGUUUGAUGGCUAUAUCAUGACGCAUGAGGCAUUUGGAUAUAUUUUUGAUGCGCUGUUGAUGUUCAUUGCUAUGGUUGUGAUGAAUGUGUAUCACCCAGCGGUGAUUCUUGGAGAUGGAAAGGGUGGAGGUAUACAGAACUCUGAGUACGGCGACGCCGUUCGCCUGUAG